AUGAGCAUUGAAGUAACCGAUGAGAGCUUGAGGAGCCAUUUUGAGCAAUGGGGAAUGCUCACGGAUUGUGUGGUCCUGAGAGAUCCAAACACCAAGUGCUCCGGGGGCUUUGGGUUUGUCACAUAUGCCACUGUGGAGGAGGUGGAUGCAGCCACAAAUGCAAGGCCACACAAGGUGGAUGGAAGAGUUGUGGAAACAAAGAGAGCUGUCUCAAGAGAAGAUUUCCAAAGACCAGGUGCCCAUUUAACUGUGAAAAAGGUAUUUGUUGGUGGCAUUAAAGAAGACACUGAAGAACAUCACCUAACAGAUUACUUUCAACAGUUUGGAAAAAUGGAAGUGAUUGAAAUCAUGACUGGCCAUGGCAGUGGCAAGAAAAGGGACUUUGCCUUUGUAACCUUUGACGACCAUGACUCCGUGGAUAAGACUGUCAUUCAGAAAUACCAUAUUGUGAAUGGCCACAACUGUGAAGUUAGGAAAGCCCUGUCAAAGCAAGAGAUGGCUAGUGCUUCACCCAGCCAAAGAGGUCGAAGAGGUUCUGAAAAUUUUGGUGGUGGUUGUAGAGGUGGUUUUGGUGGGAAUGACAACUUUGGUCGUGGAGGAAACUUUAGUGGUCAUGGUGGCUUUGGUGACAGCCAGGGUGGUGGUGGAUAUGGUGGCAGUGGGGAUGGCUAUAAUGGAUUUGGUAAUGAUGGAAGCAAUUUUGGAAGUGGUGGGACCUACAGUGAUUUUGGCAAUUACAGCAAUCAGUCUUCAUAUUUUGGACCCAAGAAGGGACGAAACUUUGGAGGCAGAAGCUCUGGCCCCUAUGGUGGUGGGGGCCAAUACUUUGCCUAA